UCAUCGAAAUCCAAGGAGAGCCACAUCAGCCGCCUCGCAGUCUGUCGUUCGCGUUUGCUCGUGUGUUAGUAAACAAAUGAUACGAAUGUCCUAGUUUUACUGUCCCGGUUAGUGUGAACAACUUUAAAUCAGCAUAACAUGGCCCAUAUGACAGUGAAUCAAUACUUGCAGCAGGUUGAUGAAGCCCUCCAACAGGGCCGUGGCCAGAAAGCAGCCGAAUUGCUGUCGAGUAAGCAUGCCCACGUUGCCAGCUCCCGCCUACAAGUGGAAGACCCGGAGCCAGUGGUUCAGCGUGUCAUUGACGCUCCCUGGGAUGAAGUUGUUUGUCAGCACCUCAGAUGUGUCUACCACAUGAAUAACUAUGAGUUCAUGGAGGCUUACAAAGAGCAAGCGAUUCUUGUGCAGGUUUUCACCAAGAUCCUGCAGUCUCUCAAAGACGAAAACUGGGCACUGCCCAUCAUGUAUGCUGCAUGUCUCGACCUGAGGCUAUUUGCUGCACAGGCAGAUGCCCAAUUAUCCAAAAAGGGAAAGGGCAAGCCCGGAGAGACGCUGGAAAAAGCUGCCGAACUUCUAAUGGGCUGCUUCCGCGUCUGUGCCAGCGAUAACCGAUCCUCUCUGGAAGACUCUAAGCGUAGGGGAAUGCUCAAUUUGGUCAACCAGCUGUUCAAGAUAUAUUUCAAGAUCAACAAGCUGCAUUUGUGCAAGCCCCUCAUCAGAGCCAUCGAGAGCUCUACAUUGAAGGACCAUUUCAGCAUCUCCCAGCUGGUCACGUACAGGUACUACGUUGGACGAAAGGCCAUGUUUGACAGCGACUUCAAGAAUGCGGAAGACUACCUGACGUUUGCGUUUCUGCGUUGCGACCGGGAGUCGGUGCGGAACAAGCGCCUGAUUCUCAUCUACCUCAUCCCGGUGAAGAUGCUUCUGGGUCACAUGCCGAGUGAGGGCCUCCUGCGCAAAUACGACCUCAUGCAGUUUUCUGAGGUGGUUUCCGCCGUCACGGAAGGGAACCUGCUGAGGCUGGACAACGCCCUGUCUGCGAACGAGGACUUCUUCAUCAAGAGCGGCAUCUACCUCAUUCUGGAGCGACUCAAGGGAAUCACCUACAGGAACCUCUUUAAGAAAGUGUAUCUGCUGUUGAAGACCCACCAAAUACCCAUUGAGGCAUUUCUUGUUACUCUCAGAUACAUGAAGAUUGAAGACGUUGACCUGGACGAACUUCAGUGCAUCAUCGCCAACCUUAUAUACGAGGGCAAGAUCAAGGGGUACAUCUCGCUGCAGCACCAGAAGCUGGUUGUGAGCAAGCAGAACGCCUUUCCUCGGCUGUCCAGCUUAAACUAGGUCCUGGGCAGCCUCCCAUGUACAUACAUUUGUCAUGAACCCUCGUAAUAAAAAAUGUUGUCCAUUUCACUGUUAUAA